AUACAUUGCAAAAUGUGGAGCAACCUCCGUCUGGGAUGAGCUGCUGGGCAACUGAGCAGAAGAUCACAUUAGGGAAAAUAAAUCCAAGAAAAAAUAUAUUUGUGAAGCUGAUUUUUCUUCAGUAGUGCAACGACACUAACUCAGACAGAGGAUUCCAUGCACAGUCUGUGCAAGUCUGUGUCAGUUUGAGGGUCUCCGUGUUUGUGAGUGUGCGCCUCGGACACCCAUUGUGCGAUGUAAAGGUGGAUUUUGACAUGCAGAGGAGCAGGUAACAAGAGAUGGUGCGAAAGCAGAGUGGAGAGAUGAGAGGAGAAGAGAAAACUCUCCCUUGUUAAGGGAGAUAGGGGGAUGGGAAGGAGAUGAUGGAGGGAAGAAGGGCAGGGCCUGAUCGUGAUGGUGUUCUGGACGAUUAACGAGCUGUGCGAUGACAGUGGGCAACGUGGGUAAGAGAGUCAUGCAACGCCCAGCCCGGCACUACCACAUCCUCCUGGCUGGGGCUGUGCUUCUUCUCCUGGCCGGGUUGACCCUGAGCUGCCCUGCCCGAUGUGAGUGUUCUGCCCAGACCAAGUCAGUGAGCUGCCACCGCAAGCGUCUGAGCACCAUCCCCGAAGGCAUCCCCAUUGAAACCCGAAUUCUGGAUCUCAGCAAAAACAAGCUACGUAUAAUCACACCGGACAACUUCUCUUCAUUUCAACUGCUGGAGGACCUUGAUCUUAGUGACAAUCUCAUCAGUGUGGUGGAAACCGGGUCGUUUCGUUCUCAGCUCGCUCUACGCUCACUGAACUUCCGCAGUAAUGUAAUCCAGUUGAUUCCUGCAGGCGUGCUAUCUGGCCUGACUAACCUCACUCAGCUUGACCUGAACCACAACAGAAUUGUGGUUUUACUGGACCAUGCCUUCCAAGAUCUGCACAAGUUAGCAUCCCUGGAGGUGGGUGACAACGAACUUGUUUUCAUCUCUCAGAGGGCCUUCAUGGGAUUAACUGGUCUUCAAAGUCUAACCCUGGAACGUUCUAAUCUCACUGUGGUCCCUACUGACGCUUUGGCACAUCUACACAACUUGGUGGAAUUACGUAUGCUCCAUUUGAGCAUUAGUUUUCUCAAGCCUUUUUCUUUCAAAAGGUUAUUCCGUCUCCGCCGAUUAGAGAUUGAUUAUUGGCCCUGGUUGGACACACUGCCCCCGCUGUCACUACACGGCCUCAACCUCACAACAUUGUUUGUAACCAACACUAACCUUUCUGCCUUCCCUGGUGCAGCUUUGCGCCAUUUGCCUUACCUCACUCACCUUAACUUGUCUUUCUCUCGAAUUCAGCAUAUCCAUCAAGGAGAGCUAGGGCACCUCCCACAUUUGAUGGAGCUCCGUCUCCAAGGUGCUCAGCUUGUUUCUAUUGAACCCUUUGCAUUUGUUGGCCUCAUAUCUUUGCAACUACUGGAUGUGUCACAAAAUCGCCUGGACUCUCUGGAGAGAGGAGUUUUUGCUUCACCCGACAGCCUCCAGAGGCUUUGUCUGGGUGGAAACCCAUUGGUGUGUGACUGCAGAUUGCUCUGGUUGCUGAACAGCUACAAGCCCCCCUCCCUUCAUAUCCUUGAUAUCCAGCCGGAGUGCAGUGCCCCAGAGUACCUACUGGGAAAAACCUUGCGUGAGCUCAAGGAACCGCUGGUCUCUCGGUACAUGACCUGCACCAAGCCUCGAAUUGGACCGAACAUAACACAGCUGCUGAUGGCUGACGAGGGUCAGCCUGCCCGUUUGAGCUGCAUGGCAGAGGGAGCACCGAGGCCAUCAGUGGUCUGGGUUACACCUCACAGACGCUACAUCACAUCCAAGAGCAGCGGAAGGGUGGAAGUUCAAGCAGAUGGCACCCUGGAGAUCAAGGCUGCGGAGUUACAUGACAGUGGGGUGUACUUGUGUAUUGCAAGUAACCCUGCUGGCAACGCCAGCUUGUCUGCCUCUUUAGCUGUGAAGAGUCUGGCCAUUAGGGACAGCUCUCACAAUAGCAACAGGAGCUCAAAUUAUUUGACAAACUCUAACAGCACUUGGGGGAAUGGGACUGUGUUGUACAACAUGACAGUCCCUAUUGACAUUAAGACUAUCAUUAUAUCCACAGCCAUGGGCUGCCUCUCCUUUCUAGGUGUGGUUGUUUUCUGCUUCCUCCUUCUGUUUGCCUGGAGCAGAGGGAAGGGACGUCAUAAGAGCAACUUUGAUAUUGAAUAUGUCCCUCGAAAAACCAACGGGGCCUCAGCUGAAGCGACAGAAACAAGUGGCCCUCGACGAGUCAAUAUGAAAAUGAUUUGAUCGUGAAACAGACUCACCAACAAUGCAGUGCAUAUGUCAUCUUAAAAAAUUGUUUCUAUGACACAGUGGAAUUGUGAAAAAUGAUGUAAUAAUAUAGUGACUGUCGAUGGAGGUGAUCUUGUGAUCAUGUGAAUAUCAAAGUGAAACCGUGAACGUGUUUAUAUGAAAUAAUGUCCUUACAUUACAUUGAGUAUAAUACUAUAACCAACAUAUCAAUAUGGGAGUGAUCUAGUGUUGCACUUGGCAUGUGUAUCAGUGGUGAUGUGAUGAGUAAUGAUGUUGUCGACUAUCCGUGACAUCAAAAUGAAGGACGGAACCACUGGCGGUUAUGGAGUGCAGUGAUAGCUAUCAGUGAUUGCUGCAACAUGUCCAAUCCUCUAAUACUCAUCUUAGCUGAAGUGUGAAAGGUGUGUGCUUUAAUCAUGUGUGCGUGCAUCGGUGUACGCAUGUUGCAUUUGUGUCUUUCUUCGUGCAUGUGCACGCAUUGCCUUUCUUAUCUAACAGAAAUAUUAAAAAGAUGGGGCCCAGUCCUUAGUCUUGAUGGGUAAUUGUCCAUGCUGGGUAAAAUAGGAUCAUUUAUGUUUUGUAUGAAAAAAAAAAAAAAUCCCACAAAUACUUAAAAAGUAAUGCUGCAUCCAUUUAGAAAUAGACUAGUUGCCCCAGUGCAAGGGGUCUAACAUUGGGAAAUAACUAGUGUUGCACCGAUACCAUUUUUUAGUUCCCAAUACCGAUUCCAACACCCGGCUGUGUGGUAUCAGUCAAUGCAAAUACUGUGCCCAUACCACGUUUUUGAAAAAAAAAAAAAUAUAUAUAUAUAUAUUUUUUUUUUUUUUUUUUUAAAUGAUAUGAUUAAAAUGCUAAUAGAGGUGAUGUUCCCAUCAAAUUCAAAGCACUGAAAUUAAAAUUAAAGUGCCUGUGACACACACAAAAAAAAAAUCUUAAAUAACAUUAUUAUGUGAAUUAAAAUCAUAUUUUGAGACAAUUGGACUAUAUACAACAAUUUGCCAAAGCCCAGAUGACGAGAAAUGAGUCUUUUAAUCUGCUGUUUAGCCCUGCCUGUCAAUAUAGCGCUCUAGCCCUUCCAUCUGGGUGAUGACGUCGGCAGAUUUCAGCUGAUUUCGAAUCCAGCCCAAUGGGUAAGAUUCAGAACGAGGAAAAUACAACAGACAGCAGCAAAAUGUCAUUAUGUUUCAAUCUCUGUACUCCAAUAUUUUUACAGGAUAUUCUUUUUAUCUAAGUAUUUUCCUCCAAUUGCUAAAUAAAUUGUAUGGUCAUGACAAAUAACAGUCUUGUGCUAAAUGGAGUAUGAAAUAUUAAAAAUGCAUUUAUUCAGUACGACAGGGCUAAAUUAAUGCACACUGGUCAAAACUGUUGACUUCUCAAACCUCCCGAACAGUAUUUUAUGCCACCGGAGUUAGUCCAGCUUUUGUCAUUUCCCUGCCCCGGCUUCGGAAACGGAGGAAAGAGCAUAAACAAAUUAGGCGUGAGAGCUAGACGUCAUGCUAACCCAAACCCAGCGGCUCUUCCAAGUAUUUUCCUCACAUUUCAAAAACGAAAAAUCACACAAAACUACACCGACUCAGGCCCAAGCUGAGGAUAGCACUCUAUAGGCUGGCACUUCUCAGUGGACAGGGAGCAUUGUCACCCACAAAAUGCAAGCCACCUCCUUAUUAAAAUGUUUGCCAUGAUCCCAAUAUAUCUUACAUAACAUAAAACACGUAGCUUACUCACUUCGUCAUCCGUCCAAUGGUCUCUUGAUUGUCGGACUUGUUUUGCCCAUUCUUUGUGGUGAACAGGAUCUUUUGGAAAUCCAAAAAGCAUCACAUCACUGUCCCUGAUGUAGCAACAAAAGCCUGCAGCACAUUGGGCUGGCGUGAUGCAAAAAAUAAAUGGAUUCAUCCGCAAAAUCAGCGGAACACGCAGUCCCUUUGCAUAUGAUAGUAAUGCCAAGCAAUUUGACGUGGGAGGGCACUCUCACCACUUCAAAUGGAUUUUGACGUCUACCAGUGACAAACUAAUUGGUGAGAGGGUGCAUCUUGGCUACAAGAAGAACAAGUUUUAUUUUUUGCCCAAUUGGCUGCCAACGUUCAUUUACUGCUAGUCCUCCCACUUCAAUGGAUUGGAUGUCUACUCUGGAUAAACUCAUUGAAAUGCACAGCAGAAGGAUGGUUGGACACCACAUAAUUGGAUGUCUAUCAUCAUCACGGGAAGAAGGAUGACUUCUCCUUUUUUUACAUAUCUGGCAGCCAUCUUGGGUAGGGUAGCCAGCGGUUGGAAACUACAUCUCAAAAAGUAAAUAUUUCACAGCAUUGGCACGUUAUUUCUAAGUUCUCCCGGAUACCGAUGGCGUCAGUUUAGUGUCGUAUCGGUGCAACGCUAGAAAUAACUUAACUCAGGGGAACAUUAUGCUGUAAUUUAAUAUGAGGUGUGAGCUUUGUCUCGCCCAUAGAAUUCACUUUCCAGCAGGACAAAACACUUCUCCUUAGAAAUAACACCGGUCAAAGGCGUUAUCGCAAGAGAAAAGCUUCCAGCAAUAGAAACGGCAUGUUAAAGCUGCUUCAUAACAUCAUAAAUCACAGGCAGUUUUUGCUGCCAGAAAAAAAUCCCUUGAUGUGAUAUAAAAGACUCUGUGGCCAGACACAAUGGCAAAGAUUUACUGGCGUGUGCCCUCUUUGGGACAAGACAAAGUUAAGCCUCACAGAUUUAUGGCUUAAAUUUCCCCUCAUAUUUCUUUGAUCGCACCUCUUCAAUUCGUCACCAGGGCACCAAGGGACUCUGUUUAUUUAAUAGGUGUCAAUUUCAAACUUGUAGUGGAAUCUUGUAAUGUUAUGUUUGUUUGGAAAUAUUUUUUCGUGUUUGCUGUGCAGAGUAUUGGCAAAACAAUUAAGGGCAAAUCUUUGUAUUACAGGGAUGUGUGUGUUUAUUUGUGUAAUUCUGUUGUGAUAAAAUAUUCAAAAGUUGUAUUGUUUUCAUAUGAAGAAUUUAUGGGUAUAUUUUCAAGAGAAAAUAAAUAUCAAACAUACCCCUAAAAUUGGAAUUGUAUUUUAAGUUUAGCUAACGAAGCUCUCAUAGCAUAUAACUUGAAUAUUAAAUAUUUACGAUUCGAUUCAAAAGCCUUCUAUCAAGUGACAAAUUACAUGCACCUCAUAUGCUUCCACCAUUGCAGUAUUUAUGACCACUUCUUGAAGUCCACAACAUCCAAGUCGAAUAGCAUCUUUUUUCACACAGCACUUAAUGUUAUUGUCAGCGGGAGAUUUGUUGUUUUUAUUUGAGUCUGAAAGCCAGCAGGGAAUAGAAAGCCUACUGCUGUGACACAUGAAGACACAUUCAAAGUCUCUCAAAUCGGCUUUCACUCAUAUUUCAAUCAGAAGUUCUCUUUUAUUCACUGCAAUUUCCAAGUAGCAAUUUUCCUUUUCACACUGUGAUACUGCAUUUUAUUUCAACGGUAUUCCCAUUCGGCGGACUCUAGUCUCUGAAGCAGCAUGAAAUAUCCGAUUAAAAAAAGUAAUGUAUGGCAACACUGGAGCCUAACCAACCAAAGAAUCCAAUUUCUCAUUUUCAUAGGAUUAAAGAUACUCCAAAGGAGGGUUUUCAAAAGUAUCGAAAAGUAUCAAAGUAUUGAUACAGAAAUGUUGUAGUUGGAUAAAUUUGAUUGCAAAAUUAUUGAUAUACAGUUAUUUAUAUUUGCAUGACCACAGGUCACCAGCAAUGUGUUGUCAUGGGCUAAAUUCUGAUUAGAGUCGCUAAAAAAUUUACUUGCAAUAUACACACCAUCCGUUUUGAACUAUAAGACUCAUAAAUUCAUUGGCUGCUAUUGACAGCGCUAGACGUCAAACCCAUUUGAAGUGGGAGGGCUGACAGCAAAUGAACACAAUUUCAUUUGCUGCUGCUGGUUUAUAAAAUAUAAAUUCAAAUAUUCUACAAGGUGCUGAUUGACCUUUGAGUUGAAUAUAACUUUUGACUAUGUUCUGAAAUAGCCUGUGAAACCCAAAACACAUGCUGUUUCUCCAUUAUUCUGCAGGUGUGUCUUCCACGCCAGCGUCUUUUGUAGCGAUUAGUAGUCGCCUCUGUGCCUGCGCUGCAGUGUCGUGUGCGUCCAUUUUUAUUCUGUGCACCUUCAGAGCAGUUUCAACCUGCCUCAGUCCAGCUUGCACCUUUUUUGGGGGGGUUCCAAAUUAGUCCAGUAUAGUUUAAAACUGUAAUUUUCUUACAGGGUACCGUAUUAUAUUUAUUGUAUAUUAAAAUUAAACAUCCUAAAACCACAGAAA